AUGAUGGCAACCAUGGCAACUUUCAAACGCGUUCAGCCAAUCAGAGCGCAGUCCUGGCGGCGUAGGUUCUCCAUAGUGACGCGCUACGCCAUCUUGCCAUCUAGCGUCGAGCAGCUCAACAGAGACGCUUUUCGCGCUCCGCAGCAACACAAGGGAAAUUUCCGAGAGAUGAACAGUCAGAGCUCCCGCAACGAGACGGCAGCCACCGCCGUUAACGGCUCCGAUUCAGCGGCGGCGACCAGAGACCGCAAAUCCGGAGGUGGCGUCCUUAAACGGCUAAAAUCCCGACGAAAUCAAGUGGACCGUCGGCCUGUAACGGAGGAAGAGCUGCGGGCGCUGGGCAGAGACAUCACUCCGGAUGAAGUUUUGGGACUCCGCGCAGUCGCUCGCGACUAUUUGUGUAAACUAGAGGACAACAUCUACAACAUUGACUUCACACGCUUUAAGAUCAGAGACCUGGAGACGGGGACAGUGCUUUUUGAGAUUGCCAAACCGCCACACUCUGACCUUGACGAGGAGGAUGAUGAAAACCGAGACGCUGACACCAGUGCGGGCCGUUUCGUUCGCUAUCAGUUCACACCAGCAUUCCUUAAGUUACGCACAGUCGGAGCCACGGUGGAGUUCACGGUUGGUGAUCGACCGGUUACUAAUUUCCGAAUGAUUGAGAGGCAUUAUUUUCAAGACCGCCUCCUGAAGAGUUUUGACUUCGACUUUGGCUUCUGCAUCCCCAACAGUCGGAACACGUGUGAACAUAUUUACGAGUUUCCUCAGCUCCCAGAAGAGCUCAUUCGACUAAUGAUUGAACACCCGUACGAAACAAGAUCAGACAGCUUUUACUUUGUGGACAACAAACUCAUCAUGCACAACAAGGCAGACUACGCAUACAACGGAGGCCAGUAAUGCUGCUUCAGCAGGAAACCCGACCAUUGUUUGUUGGAGUGACUGUGUGAGGUUCACUUGGUUUGUGUUUGCGUGGAAUGCGAAUACAGCACAGACUCUCACUACCAACAAAAACAUAACAGUACAACGUUGACACCAGCACACCAUCCAGGCACCAUCGACCCACCUAACUGGAAAUAAUGACCAUCCCUCUAUGAUGAAGUUCCUGCAUUCCUCUCUACUUGUGGGUUUGGCCAAAAGAAUGGAGCAUUUCUCCCUCGACUAGCCGGAAGCGAACAAUUCUGUCAUCCUGCUUUUAGGGUGACUACUUUAGAGGAUUUGGUUUUGUAACUUGCGUUGUCUUCUUGCACCAUUUACCUUUUGUCUUAAAUAUUUUUUUGAAGUCGUGUUACCAAACAUAAUCUUGAACAUCUGGAUAUUACCCAGAUGUGCUAAAAUGAAGCGUUCCUGCCACAGGUUUGGUCACUAAUGAAAAGUUGCACAGAUUUUGCUAUUUUAUUAUCGAUCAUUAAAGGGAACAGCUUGAUUGGUGCACACCCUCUCUUUGUUAAAGUACACACUCUUGAGUUUUCAGAUGGGUCAGCUUUAGUAUGUCCGCUUUAUGACGUGUUAUUUUUGUCACCGCGACCCUAAAACUGCACAAGUUCACAGUGUUUUGUUUAAUUACUGUACU